CCUGUACUGCCCAUACUAUAUCCACAGAAUGCCAACAGAAGCUUUCCAUCGACUCAGUCGUGCUGAUUUUACAAUCGCAAUUAUAUGCCCGCUUCCCCUGGAGGCAGAAGUGGCGAUACCGCUGUUUGACACGGUCUACGAUAGAACUGUCUACGAAAAAUACGGGCCUGUACGAAAUGACCCCAAUCACUAUACGCUGGGCCGCAUUGGCUGUUACAAUGUGGUUCUGGUCCACAUGGGUGGUUGUGGGAAAGCCGAAUCAUCCAGCGUGGCCAGUAAUAUCAAACAAAGCUAUCCGGGCAUCGAACUGGCCCUUCUAAUAGGGAUCUGUGGAGGAGUGCCUUACAGGACGGACGUGGGUCCAAUACAACACAGGAGAGAUGUUUUCCUCGGCGAUGUGAUAAUUAGCAGCGCGAUUAUUCAAUAUGAUUUGGGGAAAAGACUUCCGCACCGAUUUGUGCGCAAGAAUACGUUAGAGUCCAAUCUAGGGCGAGCGAGUCUGCAGAUCCGAUCAUUCAUGACCUGCUUAGAGUCGCGUCAUGGCGACCUCUCCAAAGACCAACAGGGGCAUCUUCAGACUAUACAAGGUAGCAAGGAUGUGCCAUAUCCUGGUAUCAAAAGCGAUAUCCUAUUUAAAGCUGAAUACAAGCAUCGCGUACGCUGUCUGUGUAUGAGUGAUGCCAGCGGGGACCAAAGUGUCGUGGACCGCCGUCGUGUGGACUCUGAUGGGACUCCGUAUAUCCAUAUUGGCCGGCUUGCCUCUGGAGAUACUGUGAUGUGCUCUGCCAAGGAUCGAGACAAGAUUUCCAAGCGCGAGGAAGUUCUUGGUUUUGAGAUGGAAGGGGCUUGCGUAUGGGACAAUAUCCCUUGCAUCCUGAUCAAAGGAGUAAGCGACUACGCUGAUAGCCAUAAGAAUGAUACUUGGCAAUACUACGCAGCUGCGAGUGCAGCGGCUUGCAUGCGUGCUCUCCUGGAUCAGAAUCCCAUUCCGAAUGUGACAUCAUCAGCGGGCCUGGCCCAGGGUAUGCCUGCAGAGACUUCUGAAGACUCCAGUAACGAACGGGAAAAGGCGUGCCUUGAUCUAUUAACUUUCCCCCAAGCCCAGUAUCGCCUGGACGAGAUUAUGGAUCCCCUCAAUACGACAUGCACUUGGGUAUUAGAACGACCAGAAUAUAAGACAUGGAUGAGCGGGGAGGAUUUAAAAAGUCACGGAGGAUUUUUCUGGAUCAAAGGGAAGCCCGGAGCCGGAAAGUCGACGCUCAUGAAACACCUUCUUUCAAAGGCAAAGCAAACUGGAAAAGACACAAUCAUCUCCUCUUUCUUUUUCCAUGCCCAAGGGGUGGACUUGGAGAGGUCCACUGUGGGUAUGUAUCGCUCACUCUUGCAUCAGCUUCUCUCGUCUACUGCCGUUCCAUCGAGUGCCAAACAGCCCUACUUUAGCUUCGCAGCGAAGAUGCUAAGUCAAGAUGACGGCAUAAAUUGGACAAUCCGAGACUUGAAACAUCAGCUGUUAUCACUCAUUCGAUUGCUGAACAACCGCUACGUGUUCUUCUUUAUUGAUGCUCUGGACGAAUGCCACCAAGCCGAGAUGGAGGACAUGAUACCGUUCCUCGAGCACUUGGGGCACUCUUUGAAUGCAAGCGAUGUUCAUUUGAGAAUCUGUCUGGCAAGCCGACACUAUCCACAACUCAAUAUUGAACGUGGCAUUGAGUGGGUCUUGGAGUACCAGCAGGAGCAUCAAGGCGACAUGCGGAAGUACGUUGAGACGAAAUUGAAAGGGGGCAAGUCAAAAAUGCUCCAAGAGAUUAGAGAAGAAGUGUGCGCCCGAGCAUCCGGUGUAUUUCUUUGGGUUAUACUUGUAGUUCGAUCGCUAAAUGAUGCGUUCGCCAAGGGCAAAAUCCACGCCGUACGUCAACGGCUGGAUGAAAUCCCAGACGGGCUUGAUGAGCUUUUCACCGAUAUGCUGACCAGAGACACUGAGGAAAUUGAUGACCUUAUAUUUUGUCUUCGACUCAUCUUGUUUGCACAACGUCCAUUGUCCAAGGAUGAGUUCUACUUCGGGGUGAUGUUUACCAAAAACGGCUUGAUCAAAAGAGAAGGCGAAUGGCACAUUGAUCCGCACAUUGAGAACUCCAUCCUUAACGUCUCCAAAGGCCUCGUGGAAAUUACCCGCACCAAAGCUCGCAUAGUACAUUUCAUUCACGAGUCAGUGCGAGAUUUUCUACUACGACGGGACGGUUUUAGCAGACUCCAGGCUGGGUCGAGCGCGAACACAAUCGGGAACGCCCAUAACGAGCUUGCACAAAUCUGCUUCCGAUACAUCUGUCAAAUCAAGCUCAUGGCCGCAAAGGAGCCAAGACGCUGUGUAUGGCCACCCCAAGCCGAGAACUAUCUGAAUUCAGAAACCCGAUUCCUCAAUUAUGCUAUCCAUAGCCUCCUGCCUCACAGCAAUGCAGCUGAGGCUGGAGGCACUUCGCAAGCUGCCUUCCUGCAAGCGUUUUCUUUGUCAUUCGAGGACUUCAAGCACAUCCGCAAUGCCCUUACACUAUGGCACAUUCGCCAAUAUGGAUCCGACGUCACGAUUCUAUACGUUCUAGCAGAAUUGAACUUGGACCACCUCAUCCGCCUGGAACUUCUACGUACGCCACAGAUAUGGAAGCAAAUGGGAAGGUAUCACAGCCCAAUGGGUGCGGCUGUCUACUUGGGUAACGCACUUGCAAUCAGGGCCUUACUUGGUUGCAAUACGAGUUCAGAUGCCUCUGUCGACAACUCCUUGCUUGAGGCUGGGGUCAUUGAUCGUAUGAAACAAUAUGUGGUCAACAGCAAGCGAAUCAAAAUGAAAAGAGGUUCUUUGGCUUUGUAUCUGGUGGAGUACGCUAUUAAGCGUGGUCAUGUAGCCAUAUUAAAGCUCCUCUACCUCACUGGCAAAAUCGAUCUGAACCAUAAGCUCAACUGUCGUUCGCUACCGCUUAUCUGUGCGAUUAAGUGUUCCAAGGCAGAAAUCGUGGAGUUUUUGCUCAGCUGUGAUAGAGUCACUAUUGCCAGCCCCACAAACGCUUUGCGUAUUGCGAUCACUCGAGGUAAAAGGGAUGUUUGCAGUGCCCUACUUUCCUCCCCAUACAGUCUUCGUUGGUUGGACUCCUCCGGGGGAGUUGCCAUCCACUGGGCAGUAAUUGGAAACAACGGGUCUACAAUGAGACAUCUCCUUGAGCUUGGUUGCGACGUAACGCUACGCGAUAGAGAUGGUCGAGAUGCUUUGUCACAUGCCGCCGAACAAGGCAAAAUUGAGAUGAUGAAAAUCCUAAUUGAGAGCGGGGUUGUCGAUAUAGAUGGGAAAGACAGUCAGGGAAGGACGGCUUUAUCAUGGGCCGCAGGACCAAACAAUAAAACGCUCAAUCGUUCGCCUGACCCAAACAAAUGUUGGGAUCAAUUGCAAAAGGAAGCCAUGUAUGUGCUACUCAGCAUGGGAAGUGUUGAUGUGAACUCCAGAGACAAACAUCAAUGGACGCCCUUGUUAUGGGCCGUUCAGAGAAACAAACCAGUGGCAGUGGACAUUCUUCUUGAGGCCUCAGAAACUGAGGUUGACUGUAGAAGUGUGACUGGAAAAACACCACUUACGGUAGCCGCAAUGUGUGGACAUGAAGCCAUGCUAUGUAAGCUCCUGCAGUCAGGUCGUGCGGAUGUCAAUUCUCAGGAUAUUUUCGGGAGAACACCCUUAUCUUGGGCUGUUUACCCAUGUGCCGUGGAAUGGAUUAAAGAGGAAGACAAAAAGGUCAUGCAGUUGCUCAUAGAUCAUCUGUCGAAAAAGAACAAGUCCAAUGAUAACGCAGUUCUGCCACUAGAUAGGGAAACGUUGGAGCGCGAAAUCCAGGUUGUUGCAGCGUCCUAUACACCAUAUGAUUAUUGA